GUUCUAUGAACGAGAACAGUGGGGUUUCGUUCGUCUGCCAAACCAUCUUUCUGUGGAAGAAUCUUUGAAGACAGCAAACUUGUGGGUCUCCCAGAGUUUUAGAUUCCUGAACUUGGAGAGUUGUGAAUCUGAAAAACGUGAGUACCCAAUCGGUGGGGAUAGUGUAAUGUGCACGUGAUGUUGUCUUCGGAUUUUUCUGUGAGGCUAUGAAACGGAUGCAGAAUUGUGUGCUAUGCACAAUUAGUGGACGUGGGUGGCGCGAAUUUGGAGGGGGAGGUCAAGAAGGUUGUUUCUGUCGGUGCUUGACGAUUGUAGGGGUUCGUCAUCGCGGUCAGAGAAUGGGUGGAGAGGAAUUCAUCAUUUAGGGUUAGAGUUCUGAAGUUGCGUCUUCGGGUGGUGGAUUAGUAGAGGCGGUGAAAAGAGAACUGGAAUUCAGAAAAUAUGCGCAGUGAUGGUGCAUGUUGAAUUGAUUCAGCUGCUCCUCCAGUAUCACGAUUUGUGCGAGCUGCAGUGAGCGUGAAGGAUUUUCUGUAUCAGUCGAACGUAAAAUUCAUCAACCUCAGGUUUUAAUGGAAAAUUCAACUCGGAGGGUACUUUUCGUUUUGGGAGCAUUGCUUAUUUUUCUGUCCUGUGCAAUGAUCCCAAGAGGAAGGCAUAAUGUGCACAAGCAUGAUGUACUGUAUAACAGGACGAAGGCCCUUUCUCUUGUGGAAUAUGCAUCUGCUGUUUACAGUGUGGAUGACGUCUCACUGCUAGCUUGGAAUUGUUCUAGGUGUCAGGGAUUGAAUAAGGAUUUCAAGAUUCAUUCUCUGAUUGUAGAUGUGCAACAUUGCCUUCAGGCAUUUGUAGGAGUUGCAGAAGAUUUUAAUUCCAUUGUGAUCGCCUUUCGUGGAACUCAAAAAACGAGUAUGCAGAACUGGGUGGAGGAUUUGUAUUUUAAGGAGCUCGACCUCAACUAUCCCGGGAUCAGUGACGCGAUGGUGCAUCGAGGAUUUUAUGCAGCCUAUCACAACACAACAUUACGCGAACAGGUCGUUGCUGCAGUUCAAAGCAUAAAGCAGUUGAGGAGCGACUUGGAGGUCACGAUCACUGGGCAUUCAAUGGGAGGGGCAAUGGCUGCUUUCUGUGCAUUGGACCUAACGGUAAAUUACGGUGUGAAAAACAUCGAGGUUUACACUUUUGGACAACCUCGAUUAGGAAAUGCAGUUUUUGCUGCAUUUUACAUUGCGACUGUUCCACGGACAAUUCGUGUGACACAUGCACAUGACUUGGUUGUGCAUUUGCCUCCAUAUUACGUUCGAAUGGGUGAAAAGACAUACCAUCACUUUCCAAACGAGGUAUGGCUUUACAAGAUAUCUGUAGAUAGACUCCACUAUGAAUUCGAGCAAAUAUGCGACAGCUCAGGAGAAGACCCAUACUGCAGCAGGUCCGUUUCAGGUAACAGCGUUGCUGAUCAUUUGAACUACUAUGGCGUUUACUUGAGGACUGUGGACAAAGUUCUGGCCUCGAUUAGCGACUCAACCAACUCUUCUACAGAAUUGGGUUACUGCCGAACUGAAGUAAAGUAAUUCUUGUAACCUACACUAACUUCCUUGGAGCGAAUUCAGGAGUGCAUUGACGUGGGAUUUGAAAAAGCAGGAAAGAUAAAUUCUCUGCUGCAACUCUGAUGGUGCAAAUCAGGCUCUGUUCUCGUCCUAGUGCUGUUAUAUACAUGUUAGCCUGGUGAGGUUAAGAAGCAUUACAUGAUCAGGUUGAAGUGCAAGAGCUGAAAUGACUACUGCCGUUCAAGGAAAUAGUCGAUUCUUUGCGGCUAUCUUUCAAGCACUGUGCAUAUGUCUGAGGAAAAUUGGUCGACGUUUGAAGCGAUCACAGUUCACAACCUCUGCUCUCGUGAUAACAAAGUUGUAUUGUUCACACAAUUAUCUAGUGUCAGAUUUUGUAUGAACAUUUUUGUUGUAUAUAUAUAUGAUUCUUAACAGUCAAGGACAUAUGGGAAUAUAGUGUGGCAACAAAGGAUAGAAUGAUGAUUUGUUUUUGGGUUUAAAGACUAGAUGUGUAAUAAAAAGAUUUUUUUCUUCACGAACA